ACCUUUUGGGAAUGGGUGUGGACUUUCCAGACAAGCCGCCCGAAUGAAGCGGAAGAAAUGGUCGGAGCAAGAAGAAGAAACGCUUCUUUCCAAAUACUCGGAGCUUCUCAACUGUGGAACCCUAGCCAAGCUCAAGACUCGUGAGAAGAAGUUCAAGCCCAUCGCUGACCAUGUCAAUUCCGUUCACCACCUUCACGAUCCUCUCAGCUUCCCCUUUCGCUGGUCAUGGCGGGACGUCUCAAUCAAGGUCCAGAACAUGCGCCAUCAAUACCUAGGCGUCAAGCAGAAGAUUAGGGUUUCCGAUGACGAUUUCAAUUGGAAGGACGGUGAGAAUCACUGGCAGAAUUUCAUGAAAUACAAGGAGGUUUUCGGAGAUUUCCCUCUAGAUUUGAAGGGGAAGAGGCUGGUGUUUGGUAACGCUGCUGCUGUUGGUUUCGACGGCAGCGAGGAUUCGGAAUUCGGAAUUGGAGUGGAUUCUGAUGAUUUGGAGGAGGAAGAAGAGGAAGAGGAUGAAGAUCUGAAAGCGAGAGAACACGGCGGUGCGAAAGACGAUGGCGGUGGUCGUGAGCCGGUGGAAGCCAUUGGAAACGAGGGGAAACGCAGCAGAUUUGGUGAAAUCGCAAUAUUGGAGACAAGAAAAUCGAAGAAGGAUUCUGGAUUGAACAGGCGAUUGGGAAUGGUGGCAAUGCGAGUUUUGGAAUUGAGAGACAUGGCAGCGAAGAGGGAAGAACAGAGAAGAGAGAGAGCAUUCAGAAGGGAGAAAAACGAAGGUGAAAGAGAAGAAAAGAUGAAGAACACAGAGCUGAAGAAGGAGAAACUGAUGAACGAAAAGGAAGAACAAUUGGACAAUAGAGAGCUUGAGCUUGAAGAGAUGGAGCUUCAAUGGCGGCAAAGAGAGUUUGAGAACAGGAUGAGAAUGGAAAGGGAAUUUGAGGAAGAAAGAAGAAAGAGGCUGAGAAUGGAAGAGAAAAUGGAAGAAGAAGAGAUGGAAUGGAGAGAACGGAUGGUAGAGAUGCAGAUCGAACAUGAGAAACAAAUGAUGCAAAUGCAAGCCGAUGCAUUUCAGAAUCAAAUGCAGAUUUUGGGGGUAAUUGCAAGGCUUCUCUGCCAGUAUUUUGGCUCUGCAAAUGAUGGAUUGGGGGCUUUGCCAUCUCAAGUUCUGCAGAAUUUGCAACAUCCUGGGGAAUUGGAUGACAAUGGGAAGCCAGAUGCCAAUUCACCUUCUGAAUUCUUGUGAAAGUAACAUUACAUAAACUUCCAUUAACUGUGAAUUGUUCUUUGCUGGAGGGAUUUUGUUAUGUUUAGCCUAUGAUCUGUGUUAAGAGUAUAAUACAGACUGAACCAUGUUGAGACUAUCUAGUAUCAUCUUCAAUUCUAUCUAUAUUGCGUAAAUCCUUACCCGGGUCGAGAGAGAUUCAUCCAAAACUUAGAAAGAUUGAACUUCAUUAUAAUUGUUGUUACUUUGUGCAAUGUUCAAUGAUGUGAUAUGAUCUUAAUCUUGAGCGUGUUAUAGAUA